AUGGAUAACGACCAGUUCGGCGGCCGCACUGACGAUGACCUCUUUUCAGAUGACAUCGAGCCGGUUGAAGAGGUCAUUAGCAUUUCCGUGCCAGACCAAGCAAUACAGCACGAUGCCCCCCCACAACCGCAAGAGCAAUCAACCUCAGCACCCGCGACAGCCGCGCAACAACCGCCUGCAACCAGCACCGCGUCGCCGGCCCCAAAGUCGCUAGCCCAGUCACGGCACAACCCCAGCCGGCGACCAGACAAACCAUCCCGUCCAUCCAACAACAAUAGCAACACAAACGGCAGGUCUGAGAAUGCCAGUAGUGCUCCCCAAUCCGAGCCCUCCGCGGCCACAACAACCCCGGCGCAAAACCCACCGCCGUCCGCCCCGCGCGAACCCUCCUCCUCCGCUCGCCAGCGCCACAAUGCCAACAACAGCAGCAACCCCACCACAUCGUCCACCCCCAGCAGCAACAGCACCAACACCGCCUCGGUGACCUCCUCGGCGCGCCUCAACUCGGGCGCGAACCCGCGCACGAAGCUCACGGACGAGGAGCUGGCCGCGCGGAUGGAGAAGAUGCGGCUGCUGGCGGCGGAGAAGACGCGGCGGUUCGAGGAGGCGCAGCGGGACGAGAGCGAGCACGCGGCGGCGUACGCGCUCGGCAUGGAGGAGGCGCGCCGGCGGCGGGCCGCCGAGGCCGAGCGCCGCCGCGCCGCCGACGAGGCCCGGCGCAGGAUGGACGAGGAGCGCGCGCGCAACCGCGAGCGCAAGCUCAAGGCCAUCGGCCUCAAGGAGGGCGGCUGGGAUGCCGGCAAGAUGCUGCAGGAUGGUGACACUGCGGACGCGGGGAGGGGCGCCUCUUCCUUUAGAGGCGCGUAUGGUGGUGUGAGGGGCGCGAGGGGCGCCGGUCGGGGCGGGCUGGGGGGAAGCAGAUUCGCGUCGUCCCCGCUGGGAGGAGAGGGGGGAGGAGACGAGGAGUUUGAUGGGGCCAGGGGUAGAGGUGGUCUUCGUGGGCGAGGCGGCGGAAGGGGGCGAGGGGGCCGAGGUGGUGGACGCGGGCUCUACGAAGCGCACGGGGACCGGCCUGGGGACUUGGGUGCGGGUCGCGGGCGGGAUGCUGAGCAGGCGCGCCCCGGUCCGGCCCCGGAGAAGAAGCCUGAACUCAAGGCGGAGGACUUCCCUGCUCUGCCGUCGUCGACCGCCGCGCCCAAGAAGAUCGAGACGACCUGGGUCGCCAAACCGGGCGCUGUCGCUGACCUCCCUGUCUCGCCGCCGGUGGGCAAGUGGGACGAAGAAAUGGCCGCUGUGGACGCCAAGCAGGCGAGCUCAUAG